AUGGUCACGGAUAUCCCUACCGGUCUCCGCUCCGAGAAAGAGCUGAAAGAGUACUUCGAGUACUACAUGUCCCGUUCCAUCCCGAAGCCGAGCACGGGUAUGACCUCGUCCGCUCAACCAGGCUACUUGGACAGAUCUGCCGCCUUCAUAUUUAAUAAAGGCGUGCAACUGAUCUCCCGCGUGUUCGAGGUUCGGACACGAUCCUCAACGAACGAUACCACAGACACAGAGGUGGACACCAAGCAGGCUUCGCACGACGCGCCCGUGAUCGAGCGCGUCAUACUGGUGCGAAAUAUGACUGAACUUGCGACCCUACUUGGGCGCCGUGAAGAGGUUUUGCGCUACCUAGAGACAGCGCAUAUCAAGCUCGCGCGCAACGCACUCGAGGCAGUCGACGAAAUUGUCAAUGCUCCGAAACCGACUGUUAUCCGCUCCGUCGCGUCUCGUGUCUCGUUCGGCUUGAUCUCGCGUGGGUCGCCUACCGGUUCUCUAGACGUUGAACGCGCAACCGAUAGGGAGGUGGAGACGGAGGAUCGGAUGCGACUGCUAGUUCGCACUCUUAGCCCCUACCUGCCGGAGCAUAAGCCCAGGCCUAGUAUCGCGCAAUGCCUUCGCUCUCUCUUCUUCCCGCAUCCAACGACGAACCCCGACCCUUCGGUAGGCGAGCCACAGAAGUCGGGACGACAGCCUGAACGAAAGACUGUCUGGGAAGCGCUGCUCAGUCUCCCGCGGAGCACCCUGGACACCUAUCAGCCGUUGAUCCACCUCUCUGCGCUUUUUAGGGGGAAGACAGUACCAGCGAUCGACUACUAUACCGCGAAGCUGAAUUUACUCACGGGCUUGAUCACUGAAGAGCGCUCGCUUCCCCCUCACGAGUUCACGCCGAUGUCGACGGCAUUCGUCACGUUUGCAGACCCAGUAGACGCGCGGCGGGCCUCCAAAUAUCUCGCGGUGCAUCCGAAUAACCCUGUCAGUGUAUGCUUGGCCAGUAUGGCCCCGUCGUACGAGGACCUGGACUGGACGCGGUUGAUGAAGUCAACAUAUUAUAUGGAGUUCGUGAAGGAUUGGGUGGUAGAUCUUGGCGUGUGGGGUUUCACGAUCUUUUGGGUUUUCCCGGUGUCGAGCAUAGUAGGUCUGGUGUCGAUUCAGAACAUCGGCGCCUUUUGGCCUGCCCUGAAAAACUAUCUGGAUGUUCACGAGUGGCAGUCCGAAGUCUUAGAAUCCCUUGUACCGACUGUGCUUGUCGCCUUGCUAUCACUUCUUAUUCCACUCCUCCUUCUUCUCAUAGCGAAGAAAGCUCAGACGAUCGUCACGCUCUCCGCCCUGCACGAUCGCAUUAUGGCACGCUAUUACAAAUUUCUGAUCGUCAACGUUCUCGUCUUCUUCUGUGUCGGCACAACAGCGCUUCAGUCAUUUUUGGUAUCAUUCCAGUCGGUCGCUGGCAAUCAAUUAAUCCAGGGCCUUUCUAUGUUGGCUGGAGUGAGUGGGAGUUACCAAGCUUUGAACUGGUCGCUUAUCAGAAUUGUAGUGAUCUUUAACAUGGGUAUACACGGAGGACUUGAAAUCGCACUUUUCGGUCUACCUCUUCUAUUGUAUCCGAGCACCAAGCAUCAGGUCACGCCCAGGAAGCGAGCAGUCGGUAUCCGACCGCGCACGUACAACUUCUACUAUUGGUUGCCCAAUCACCUGCUCGUCAUCCACGUUCUCCUCCUGUUUGCUGUUCUGAACCCUCUUGUCUUACCGUUUGGCCUGUUGUAUUUUUGUGUGGAAGCAGUUGUUGUUAAGAAUCAGCUGUUACAUGUUUAUGCAAAGAACUAUGAGGGCAAUGGCCAGACACUACUUAUCAGGUUAAUACGUUAUUCCUUGGAUGGCCUUACAUUGGCACAGUCCGCUUUCCUCGCUUAUAUGGCUGUACUCAAGCAGAAGGCCAAUGUUGGCGUCUCCGCUGUCUUAAUUAUAUUGACGGUAUUCAUGAAGAUCAUCUUGACACGAUUUUGUCGCGCGAAAUUCGAGCGCGACGAUCUGUUGGAAGCUCAGAUUAUGCGUGGGUCAUCAGCUCUUGAUGAUUCUCCUCCAUUGCCGGAGUACCCCAACGAGGAGGCGAAGGGCGAGAAAGGAAAGUUACCCGAAGGUCGUUCGCGGAUCCAACACUGGACGUGGAAACUAUCCAACCGAGUCGGCAUGUCCUACCGUACCAUAAUACAUCGCCAGCACAAUCACCAGCGACCCUCGAAUCCCUUCACUCACCCUUAUGCGGAAUCUACUAUACCUACAGAACCCUGCUCCUCCACCGCCGAAUUGCUCACGAAGAUCAACACGACUGCAUCGACUGCUAUGGUUACCGGCGAGCCUCUUCAGGAAAGUCCGACUGAAGAGGAUCCACGACCAUUUCAAGGCGACACCCGAUCGACGCUGGUCGUCAGCCACCCACCCCACCCUGUGUGGGAUGAUGAUUCCAGUCCAGACAUCCCGUACGACAACCCCUAUUACACCCGCCCUAUCAGCAAUACUCUGUGGCUGCCGCGGGACCCGCUUGGCAUCCUUCAUCUUGAUGACACCAUCGAUCUGCGUAUGGCACUGACGAGCGAGUCAAGUGGUGGUAAGCUCGGCGGGUGGCAUGAGGAUGAAUUCCUCUGCAGCGCGAUCUCGUCCGCUUUCGUUACGAGUUUCGGCAGCGUGGAUGGCGAAUUUGAAUCGAUCCAGCUACCACAGCAUGCUGAAGAUGGCGAAGUGCUCGAACCGCCUCCUAGCGGUACAUCGAGAACAGGCACUGUUGAGCGCCCUCGUACCGCCGAUGACGGUGCGCGGAAACCCUCUCUGCCUCCUCCCAGGAGGCCGAGCCAUGCUAGCGAGCUCGGUGACCAAGCCUCUAACUCUGACUUCCAACGGACAUCACCUCUACGAGAGAGACAGUCUUCAACUGGUUUCAGGUCCUUCUCUCUGGGGGUGGAUGCACCGGCUGCUCGACCAGUGCCGUCGCAUCUCCCGAUAUCUGACACCAUGCACUGGCGACAACGCUCUUCUUCCGUGGAUACACCAAGCAUGGACCCAUUAUCCACUUCACGCUCACAGUUCAGCGCUGGUUCGCAAGGUCUGCGCUCUAUCAUCAGGUCGCAGACCAUCGUGGUCCCGAAUUCGGCGACAUCUCAGGCUGAUCAGAGUAUGAUCUCCACGCGCGAGGUCGUCGUCAGCGAGGCGAUUGCGGAAGAGCAAAUUGCCGCGCAGCGGAGACAGCGCCAAGAAGCAGCUGACGAGGUAAAGGCGAAGGAACCCCGGUCGUGGUUGACAUCGUGGCUCUAUGCGAAGGGCUAA